UCAGAUGAAGGCGGGCACUGUGAUGCCAGUGGGUGAAGAGAAGGUGGGCAGCGGGUACACGGAGGAAUAAAGAGCAGAGCUCAGGAGGCAGGAGGCUGCAGAAGAAGGUGCACCACUUCACCAACUGUUUCAUUCUCUCGGAUUUGCACUAUAGCACUUGAAGAGAAAAACAAGGGAGUGUACAAACCAGAAUCUUCAGGAGAAAUAAGAUGGAGUGGUACGUGUUGGUGUUGAUGCUCAGCCUGCCUUCUCUCUCCUGGGCUGAUUGCUCUGAACAGUGUCUCAAAUGCGCUCUGCAAAUCUCCGACUCACCUCUCAACCUGCUGACGUGCACUUUAGAGUGUGAAGGAACGCUUGCGUCCAGCACUGAGCUGGAGAGGUGCGAGAAGAUUUUAUGGGAACGACCCGAGGACGAGCUGCUGGAGCCGGCGGCGUCGAACCCAGUGAAACGCUACGGCGGAUUCAUAAAAAGGAUCGAGAAAAACAAAAAGAACCUGCUGACCUCGCCCUGGAGGGAGAACGCUAUCGAGAAAGGCUUACUGGCGAAGAAAUACGGAGACGCCGUGCUGAAAGUGAUCCAGAGGAACGCGCCCGAGCUGACCGAGGACAUGGAAGGCGAAGACGUCACCUCGGAGAACGAAAUGGGACUUUACGACAGCUCGCUUCCUCGGAGCGAGGUGAAGCGCUACGGCGGAUUCCGGCGGAAAUUCGUUCCCAAAAGAAGCGAGUCUGAAGAACAACCCGACCAGCAGGAGCUCCAGAAAAGAUACGGAGGCUUUAUGAGAAGAAUCCGUCCCAAAUUAAACUGGGACAACCAGAAGAGAUAUGGUGGCUUUUUACGCCGCCAUUUUAAAAUUUCGGUGCGUUCUGACGAGGAGCCGUCGUCAUACGACGAAUUUGGUCUUUAGGUUGUUUUGUAAAAAAAACAAAAAAACACAAAGGUAGCUGAACUUAUACAGGCUCAUGAAGUCUCACGACUUUUUAUUGUACUAGCCAAAAAAAAUAUGCUGCUAAACGUUUGGACCUUGUAUCCACUGUACGACCCGCUCUUUACGGCAUUCGUGUAUUCAAACGCCGCCGCCAUUUUUGCUGUUAGAUGUAAACAAAUACGAUGCGUGCUGUAUUUUAUUGCUUGUUUUAAAAUUACAAUAAAGGGCGAGACCUUGA